AUGGGAAAGGAAUCAGACAGCCAUAAGAAAGCCGAGCAACUUGUUAAGUCACACCCAAAAUUGUCAUUCCACAAGGCCCUUCAAAUUGAGAAGCAACGCCAGGAAGCUAAGAUGAAGCGUGAUGAAGAUGGAACUGUUGCUGUUUGGAAUAACAUGUCAAUUGAAGAAGACCUCGAGCAAUAUCUGAAGGAAUUUUAUGAAAUCGAUAACUGGAGUGUACAGAAAAUCGAAGAGUGUGUUGAGGAAAUAUUGGACCUGGAAAUUUUCGGAGAAGAGAAAGAAAACAGAAAUGAUGAUGCGGGAAAAACGCAACGGGCACUGAGAAUGAGGGAUGUAAAUUCUAACAUCCAGAAAGAAUAA